GAGACGGACGCGCAGGCGAUCGCUUUGGGUCCUCUGUAACACUCGAGCCGCCGGGGCCCCCAAGGGUCCAGGGGGCCCCCGUAGGCUCUGGGGCCCCUGGGGGCCCCCCAGCACUACCAAAGAGUGUUUCAUUAGGGUUUAGAGGGGACUCCAAGCGGGCUGCUGCUGCUCGCCUCCACCUGCGCCAGAGGGCAACGGGGAUGGGGAGGGGGGGCCCCUUCAGCCCUACAUGCGGCAGCGCGGGGGGCCCCUCUUCUGGGGCCUCCUCAGGAUCCCCUACAGGGGCCCCCCCCGCGGGAGCCCCCGCAGGGGCCCCCGCAGGGGCCCCCGCAGGGGGCCCCUCCGGGGCCCCCUCGGGGGGCCCCUCAGGGGGCCCCUCCAGGGGCCCCCAUAAGCACGGCUUAGGGGCGAGACGACUGGGCCCCGAUGUUACGUCUAUCUCCCUUCAGGGGGGGGGCCCCCAGGGGCCCCUCAGCCCUCAGGAGAGGUCCUACAGCUCGUCGGCGCUUCAUGGGGACAGAGAAGAGACACAGGGGCCCCCGGCGUGGGGCCCCCUUGAGCCUCUGCACUUUGCAGCAAUGGAGGCAGCAGGGCCUUCUUCCCUGCAGCAACUGCAGCAACAGCAGCAACAGCAGCAGCAGCAGCAGCAGCAACAACAACAGCACAGCCAGCGAAGGGAGGACGGGGGCCCCCAGUACCCACAUAGGGGCCCCCCUGGCUGCCCCACUUGGGCCCUCAGUCGUAUCAGGGCUGUAGCAGAGCAGCUUAAUGAGGGGGGACGCCUGGGGGCCCCUGGGGGCCCCCCCUCAGCAAGCAGUGCAGCUGCCCCUGGAGGAAACCUAGAGGCCCCCGACUGCCCCUCAGGUGUAUAUGCAGGGGCCCCUCUGGGCCCAAGGAGCCCCCCCGACACAGCAACCGCAGGUAUAGACAGUGGUGGGGGGGCCCCCAGCAGCAGCAACAGCAGCAGCAGCAGCAGCAGCAGCGGCAGCAGCAGCAGCAACGGGGUGGAGGAGGGCCCCCCAGCAACAAGCUCAAAGAGCUGCCCCCCCAGCGCUGAGGGGCCCUGGAGUUGGGGGCCCCGCCUGCCGAGCGUCUCCUUUGGGUCCCCCAGGCAGCGGCUGCCCCCCUUGGGGCCCCCCAGCCAAAGGGGUUCGCAGGGGGGCCCCCAGCGAGUGUUACGAGGUUCUGGGGGGCCCCUCAGCCCUGUAUGUACAGGGGGCCCCUCGGGUACCCUAAGGUCCUCUACUGCGGGUUCUCCGGGGCCCCCAGGGGCCCCGCAACCCUCAACCCCACAGUACCCAAACUGGGCAGAGGGGGCCCCCCCGGGGGCCCCCCUGGGGCUCGAGAGCCUCACUAUUAAGAGGGUCGUACCCACCCUGAGACCCCAAAGGCCCCGCCGCAAAGACAGUGCGCAGUGA